GUAGUGUAUAGAAGAGAAAAAAAGAGAGAUUAGAGAGAGUUUUGAGAUUUUUUUUUUGUUUUAGAGAGUUUGUAAUACUCUAUUGUAAAUUCUAUUCAAAAUAGAAAUAGAAUUGUUUUUCCUCUUUUAUCUUCUCCUUUUUCGUGAUCGGAGAAUCACAACAUUUAUCGGUGUCACCUAAACUGGUUUUGUAGUACCAGUAGUGCUAUAUAGUAUUAUUCUUAUGAGAUUGGGGUUGGGCUAGGGCUGAUUACUAUGUGUGCAUGUGUGUAUAUAUAUUGGCUCAUAUUUAUAAUUACUCAAACCACAUAGUUUGAGGGAUCCACAAAUAUUAUCUCACUAAUUCAUUUUUAUAUAAUUUUAAUUUAAAUCGUUUACAAUCACUUCCAAACAUACUUUUAAUAGUUGAUCUGGACUUGGACUGACCGGCCCCUGAAUUGAAUCACCGAGGUUUCAUUGAUCAUCAAAAUCGGUUUUCAUGCCAUGCACCAUUACAUGGCUAGCUAUUUGUUUUAUUUUCACAAGGCAGCAUCUUGGCAUACCACUACCAUAUGCAUUUUCCCUGUGGACCAAUAUUAUAUUCUGGAUCAAAAAUCCCAAAUAGAAAAUACAUAUUGUUACCAUUCCUACAAAUUAAUUUGCUAUAAACAUAUGGACAGUGCUAGACGUACCCCAUGUUUCACAUAAUGUCCUACAGAAUUUGAUGUGGUGUCAAAAUCAAAAUAUUGCUGAAGAAAUGUCAAAACAUCGCUGAAGUUUAAAAAGAGAUUUUCUUGUAAUUGUAAAACCUUAAUCCUGCCCAUUUGACCACCAUUUGCCCGCCAUUUGCAAUCCCCAACCCCAAGUCUCUUUUCCAAAUUCCCACAACGACCGAGAAAUGGAACGAGAGGAAAAUUCUUCCGACCACGUCGGUAACAUUGAUGCUGGCGACGAUAUAAUGGUGAACCCGACAUGGUUAUCUCCAUCUUUUACAGUGGACCCGAGACCCAUUUAUUAUAGAGAUGAAUAUGAAAUGGAAGGAGGCAACUCAGACGGCAGCAACAUCGAUUCCGGCAAAAACAUGGGUAUUUUGGAAAUCCCUUUAUCCAAAGACGACAAUCCGAAUGACAUAAGUUUACGAGAAGGAACUGAUAUUAUUGUGCCUAGUGUUGGCAUAAAGUUCCAAGAUGAGAAUGAGGUGUUCGAAUUUUACAAGAACUAUGCGUACCAAGUUGGAUUUCCGGUGAGGAAAAGAAAUUCAAAGAAGGGUGAGGAUGGGGUUGUACGUUAUGUAACUUUUACAUGUAGUCGGGAGGGCCAUCAAACUAGUGGUUCAAAUGCAGUCAUGAAGCCUCAACCAAAAAUGCAAACAGGCUGUAAAGUAAGAUUGACAGCAUGUUCAAAACUUAGUGGAGCAUAAUCACAAGACAAGCCCAUCGAAAUCAAGGCUAUAUCGCUGCAAUCGAGAAAUCAAUGCACGUGUGAGAAGACAGUUUGAAAUAAAUGACGUAGCUGGUAUACCAUUACAUAAGAGUUUUAACUCGGCUGUUGUUGAAGCCGGUGGUUACGAAAAUAUUACGUGCGUUGAGAAAGAUUGUAGAAAUUUCAUUGACAAAGUCCGACGGUUAAGACUGGGUAAAGGAGAUGCUCUUGCAAUACAAGCGUAUUUUACAAGGAUGCAAGCAACCAGUCCUGGGUUCUUCUUUAGCAUAGACUUGGAUGAUGAGGCCCAGUUGAGGAACGUGUUUUGGGCAGAUAACAGGUGUAGGCAAGCGUGUAAGGAAUUCGGUGAUAUAGUUACAUUUGACACCACGUACUUGACCAACAAGUACGAGAUGCCUUUCGCUCCUUUCAGUGGGGUAAACCAUCAUGGACAAUCAACUCUACUUGGAUAUGGUUUGCUAUCAAAUGAAGACACAAAGACUUUUGUAUGGCUAUUCCGAACAUGGCUUGAAUGUAUGCAUGAUCAAGCACCAAGUGGAAUAAUUACAGAUCAAGACCCUGCAAUGCAAAAUGCAAUUGAAAUCGUGUUCUCGAACACAAAGCAUAGAUGGUGCCUAUGGCAUAUUCUGAAAAAGUUACCAGAAAAAUUUAGUGGUCAUAGACAUAAAGUUUUCAUUCUUGCUACUGCACAUGCGUUGGUAUAUGAUGUGCAAAGUUGCGAUGAAUUUGAACAAGCAUGGAGUAAGAUGCUCGAAGAUUACGAAUUGUUAGAACAUGGUUGGUUGACCGGCCUAUACAAUGAAAGAAGUCGAUGGGUCCCAUGCUUUUUAAAAACCUCAUUUUGGGCCGGUAUGUCAACCACACAACGAAGUGAAGGAAUUAAUGCGUUUUUAAUGGCUAUGUUCAUUCCAAAACAUCUCUAAAGCAAUUUGUAGAGCAGUAUGAACGUGCAUUGAGAAGUAAAGUUGAAAAGGAGUUUCAAGCUGACUUCAAAUCUUUUUCACAAAUGAUCCCAUGUGCGACAAGGUAAUGGAGAGGCAAUUCCAAUCAGUUUAUACAAUCAUGAAGUUCAAGGAGUUUCAAGAACAAUUUACUGGAAAGGUGUACUGUGAAGUCUUAGGAGUUCAUGGGACUUACUUGCAUACUACAUACGAUGUACAUAAGGACAUUAUUCUGAACGACUGUAUGAAGACAAAAAUCUUUAAAGUUUGCUUUCGUAGAGAUGAAUGCGAGUUUGAGUGCAGUUGUCACCUGUCGAGUUUAGAGGAAUUAUUUGCAAGGACGCAAUAAUGAUUUUGAUUCGAAACCAAGUGAACUUAGUUCCCGAGAAGUACAUUUUGAAGAGAUGGAGAAGGGAUGUGAACAGACCGUAUAUGAGGGUUCCGAUUAAUUAUGAUAGUUGGAUUAGUACUCCAGUCCAAGUUAGAUAUGAGCAAAUGUGCAAUGCUUUUGCGAAGUUAGCUGACUUCGUAGCACACGACGAGUCACGGUCACGUGGUAUCAUAGAUUGGAUUGAAAUCCAAACAAAUGAUUCAUCGAUGUUGAAGUAUAGCAAUGUGGGCUCUCAACGCUUGGAUGAAGCUGGAAAGUGUUCUGGCGGAAUCUGCUUGGACCCGAAAUACACAAAAAGUAAGGGAGCUCCUAAAAAACUUCGUCGAAAGGGACAUCUAGAAGCUGUUUCCAGAAAAUCGAAAAUCUAUUGUAAGGUAUGAUUUCGACCAAAAAUGUUUAUUUUGAUAAUCAUUGUACAUAUUGAACUGAGUGUAUUCUCCAUGACUUACAGAAUUCGACUUCAACGAACGGGUAAAAAGACAAAGUUUCGUCCUCAUUCAAUGUUAAGGAGGUCGGCACGCAGGAGAGCGUUGGAGAUUUUGAUGUAGUGGUAUAAGGCAUCCAGCAGAUUUUCAAUUGAUUUUGAUGUAGGCGUAUAAGGCAUCUACCAGAUUUUGAUGUGGGUCUGGUGGUGGGGGUGGAAAAGAACGAUAUCAAGAUUGUAAUGAAUCUAAUGAUGCAUAUCAUAGCUAUGGGUAUUGUUUUGAGAAGGGUUGGUAAUUGUGUUGAGAAGUAGCAAAAAAAGGCCCUUUGUUUUGAUUUGUGUUUGUAUAUCAAUAUCUUAUUAGCAUUGUUUUAAUUACUACUCGAAAUUUGGAUAAGCUCAUUUAUCAUUUUUGUGUAUAUGUUGGAAUGUUCAGCUGUGUUUUGCCUCAAUGCUAAUCCCAAUUUGCACUCUA